CACUCUCAGCCUUGUCAGCUAUGUUGAGACCAAAUUAGCAGCUGUACUUUAAUCAGCAUUCAACAUGUGGAGACUUGCGGUUGUUGUUGUGUCUGUGUUUAUCCAGUGUACACUAGCCCAGGAUGUGGACUCGUUAUUUUUACAAUAUGCUGGUGACGAUAACUUAAUUCAGAGGGACGAGUUUGAUCGGUUUUGGCUGCACUUUGAUCAGAAUUCUGAUGGAAGUGUCACCAAGAACGAGUUCGACAUGGGCUGGAGACUAGAAGGAUUCCCCAAGCCACAAAACGCCCCUUUCUUUUUCCUCGAGCUGGACAGAGUAGCCGAUGAAAUCCUAAAUUUUUUGGAUUUCCCUCACAUCUUCCGUCUGUUUGACGAGGAUGGUAACGGCGAAAUCAAUGACAGAGAGAUGAUCUACAAUUGGCGAGCCUAUUUUAUUUAGACGAAUUUUUUUGUAAAAAAAACCAGG